GUCCUAGCCCUUUCUCCCUCUCGCUUAUUCCCCCCCCCCCCCCCCCCCCUCUCGCCUCGCCUCCAACGGGGACGCCGCCCUCGCCAACUGGGCGACGCCGCCGCCGUCAUCAACUCGUCCCGGUCACCACCACCGCGUAUCCGCGGUAUACUACCCCGCCGUCUCUCUCUCUCUGCUGUCGCGCCGCCGCCGCCUGCCUGCUCGACGCGCGGCCGUGUCGUGGUCUGGUUCGAAGCCGCGCCGCUUUUUUUUUUUUUUUGGGUUUCCUUUUUCCGCUCGUCGUUAUCGAGCUCCAGGGUCCAGGUCGGCGCAUCGUCUUCCCAUCCCAGGUGUCCCUCGUACGGUCGGGGUAGCGGUCGUCGUCGUCGGCGGCGGCGGCGCCAGAUCCCGGUCGGUCCCCGGCCGUGCUAACCCCGCUGCACUGCGAGAUCAAGUUUGUAAAGACAAAAACCAUGUCUUUCAAGGACGGAAUUUGGCAUAAUUCAAUACAACAAACUCAUUAUACUUUAAGUGCUCUACAAAUCAGUACAUUUGGACAUGUUAGAGCUUUAGUUGUCCAUCGGACUGGAAUUUGGUUUUGUUAAUGACAAAAUUUGCUUUCUCACUGAUGCUUGAGAUGGAUGAUCUUGAAGUAAAAAAUGAUGAAGAGUACCAGAUGGAUCCUAUUGAAAUCAAGGAUGGUGAAGAGCAUUCAAUAGAGAUGCUUGUUGAGCAGCCACGGUUUCUAGAGCCCAUAUGUCCUGAAGAGGUUAAUGAAGAUACACGAGUGUACCCACGUGUGGGGGAUGAGUACCAGGUGGAAAUUCCAAAUCUAGCAACAGAAGAGGAACGCAUGAAACUAAGGUCAUGUCCAGUUGAUGACAGUGGAAUUUUCGGUUUUGAUUAUCCUGUUGGUGUGGGACUAGCUAUUCCAGUCACAUGGACCCAAAAAACAAGCGAUCAUGUAAAAAAAGAGCAGACAGGAUUCUCAGGACGCAGUUCAUGUUCUUCACAAGAUGAAUGUAAUAGCCACGUCACAGAAGAUAUUCCUAGAAAUGUUCCAGGCUGUAAAGUUGAAUGUGAUGAGCAUGAUGAGAAACUUCUAAAAUCUGCUGAACAAGAUAUUAACUGCUUACAAAAUGGGAAAGCCAGUGAUUAUAUUCCUCUGCCAGGAAUGACACAUUAUUCCUGGACUGAUGAAGAAGCACAAACUUUUCUUCUUGGUCUAUAUAUUUUUGGCAAAAAUCUUGUUCAGGUGACAAAAUUUUUGCAAUGUAAGACAAUGGGAGAAGUUCUAUCCUAUUACUACGGAGAGUUCUUCAGGUCUGAUUCAUAUAAUCGAUGGGCUGCAUGUAGAAAAGUAAGAAGCCGGAGAUGUAUACUUGGGUUGCGCAUAUUUUCUGGUACAAGACAGCAGGAACUGCUGUCACGUAUGCUUGCUGGUAUAGCAAGGGAAGUUCAACAUCCUUUGUUGGAGGUCUUUAAAACAUUCAACGAGGGAACAUCUACCUUUGAGGAGUUUAUUUUGUCCUUAAGGUCCACAGUUGGCGCACGAGUUCUUGUAGAGGCAGUUGGAAUUGGCAAGGGAAAAUAUGACUUGACUGGAUUUGCAUUAGAUCCUAGUAGAAACCAUGGUAUCUCAACACGUGCAGAAAUCCCUAUCGGCAAGGCUUGCUCAUCGCUUUCAUCUGGAGACAUCAUAAAGUUUUUGACUGGUGAUUUCAGACUAAGCAAGGCAAAAUCUAAUGAUCUAUUCUGGGAGGCUGUCUGGCCUCGCCUGCUUGCAAGAGGGUGGCACUCGGAGCAGCCUAAGGAUUCUUCUCUAGUUGGCAAGCAUGCUUUAGUGUUCCUCAUUCCAGGCGUAAAGAAAUUUUCUAGAAAGAAGCUUGUCAGAGGAAAUCAUUAUUUUGAUUCUGUUAGUGAUGUGUUAAGCAAAGUUGCAUCAGAACCAAGACUGCUUGAAUUUGGAGUUGAGGGUAGUAAUGGUGAAGGUGGGUUCAAGAUUGAAAAUGGAUGGAUCCAUGAUGCUGAACUUGAGAAAAGCACAGUUACUGACAAGAAAUCUUCUUGUUAUACCCGGCCCAGUGAACCUGGGUGUUCACCAGAGCUAAUGAAAUUUACUGUGGUGGAUACUAGUGUUGUUCAAGGAGAAGAACCAUGCAAGGUGAGGUCCCUAAGAAAUCUACCUACAGAUGCCAGUCAUGGUUACAUGUCUUCACCACAUUCAGAAGAUUCUGGGAGUGACAGUUCAGAAGAACACUCUGACUCAGAGGACAGCUCUCAGUCUUAUGAACAUAUAAAUACAAAUCAAAACAAGACAGGUGCUAAGUAUGUCAAUGAGAAGAAAUGUAAACCACCAACAGGUGAUAGGAUGGAUAUUGAUGUACUUCAGAAGAAUUCUACUUUCGCAGGCACAAUGACAUCAACCAAUGGUCACAUGUCAUUUGAUCAAGGUUUCAGCUUAAUGAAUAAUGCCUGUUCCUCAACUGCAACUAUUCUUCCUGUCGGUACUCAAAGGGUCCAUGCUACUAAUUCUUCCACUGAAAUAAACUUUCAGUUUGAUCAAAGGGUAACUCCUGAGCCCCAGAUUUUCUUAGCAGCAUCUGUUGCAAAGAGAAGGAGGUUAGUAUCUUGUAAGAAUGAGAGAACUGGACGCAGAAAUACUGCUGCCAAUAAAAGACAGCAUGGGAAGCAAGUUGACACCGCACAACAUGAUGUGUCUAAAUCAAAUGAAGCAAGCGCAGGGGCUAAGCCUUUCAUAUGGGGUUCAAUUCCGAACUCAUCAACUACCAUAAACUUUGACAUGAGUAACAUUCAUUUAUGUCACAAGCAGUACAAUGUGCCCCCUACCGAUGAAAAAAUGGUACUCAAGGAAAAGUCCCAAGAUAAGCAUGUUAUUGAUCUGAAUAUUCCACAAGUGCCUUCUGAUUAUGAGUCAGCUGUGAGCUACAUCGUGCCUUCUUCUGACAAGAAUACACAUACAAUGGAUAGAUCUAUACAUUCUUCUGAAACCAACAGGAUGGAUGACUGUCUUCCAGACAUCAAUGCCUCCUGUAAUGGGCUAUUGAGUGAGCAGAGGAGGCAGAGUACCAGAAGCCGCCCACCAACAACCCGAGCUCUGGAAGCUCUUGCUUGUGGCUUUAUUGGGACAAAGCAGAAGGGCGCGGAAGGAAACUUCCCAUCUUCAAGCAGGAGCAGCAGACCUGUCCGGCGACCACGGAGAUUAACUGAUGGUGCAGUGUCAUUUCCUUCUGAUGGUGAGGGAAGUAGUUCUCAUUUUACCGAUUCAGCCAUUAUUGUCAAUGAAUGGCACAUGACUAACCGUCAGUAUCAAGUCCUUGACAACACCCCCACAGAUAAGUCCACUGAUAACAGGACUCGUGAAUUGUUUGGGGCAGACAAAUCUGCUGAUAAAGGGACUCGUGAAUUUUUUGGGGCAGACAAAUCUGCUGAUAAAGGGACUCGUGAAUUUUUUGGGGCAGACAAAUCUGCUGAUAAAGGGACUCGUGAAUUUUUUGGGGCAGACAAAUCUGCUGAUAAAGGUAGUCAUGAAUUAUUUGGCAUACCUUAGAUCACAUGAAAAUGGAAUCAAUACUUCGUCGAACUUUGAGUUGGGCUAAGGAACUAAUGGAGGAAGCCUAUACAACUCAUUGCCAAUUUCAGCUAUAGCUUGGUGCAUAUGCCUCCUACUGUUCAAGCUUAUAUCAAGAACAGAUGGACCCAAUGCUCUUUCCAGAUUUUAUGGAUAUUUACCCUCAGGUCAUCCUUCUGUGUCUUGUUAAGUGUUUUUGGAUUAACAUUAAUUGAAAAGAAACCAAUGAGCGCAAGACUCAUGCUCUCCUUCGGAAGUCACCUGCUGAAGCAUUUACCUUCCUCUGGAGGUUUUUGAUGGACCUUUACCUGCAGUUAUACUCUUUGCCUUUUUUUACAUGUACUAUGUGGAGUGGCUGGAAAUUGGAAAGUGUGUAACAAUGAACUCAUAUAAGAACCAUAUUAUAGCUUGGAACUCUAAUCUUUUCAAGCAAACCAUAAAUUCAAAAUGGAGAACCAAAAAUACUAUGAACCA